AUGACAGAAUCAACAAAGCCAGUACUGAUCGACUCAACCACCAAUCCUGGAAUCAGCAUCAUCACAAUCAACCGACCCAAACGAAAGAACGCCGUCGACUCCGAAACCGCCCAACAGCUCUAUGAGGCCAUCCUCGCAUUUGAAGCAGACUCGACGCAGAAAAUCUGCGUUCUGACCGGUUCCGGCAACACAUUCUGCGCAGGAGCAGAUUUGCAUAAUGUGGCACUGAAAAACGCCAACGCCGAUUCCAACGUCUCUCCGACGGAAGCGAAUCUCCAGCCGGUCGGCGAUCGCAACCUAGGACCCAUGGGUCCAUCUCGACUGAUCGUCCAGAAACCCAUUAUUGCAGCCGUCUCUGGAUACGCUGUUGCGGGGGGUCUGGAACUGAGUCUUCUCGCCGAUAUGCGCGUCGUCGAAGAGGAUGCCGUCUUUGGGGUGUUCUGUCGGCGAUGGGGCGUUCCUCUGAUUGACGGCGGCACGGUCCGUCUACAAGCUAUUGUUGGCCUGGGACGCGCGCUCGAUAUGAUUCUUACGGGUCGACCGGUGGGCGCGCGAGAAGCGUUCACGAUGGGACUUGCAAAUCGGGUGGUGCCGAAGGGCCAGGCGUUGCGUGAGGCGCUACUUAUUGCGAAACAGCUCAUGACCUUUCCAGAGUUUUGCAUGAAUACGGAUCGUCGAUCUGCUUAUUACAGCGCAUAUGAGGCGUCUUCCUUCCAAGAUGCGUUGGCGCAGGAGUUUACCACGGGGGUUCAAGUCAUUUCCAAGGAGGCAAUCGCUGGCGCUGCAAAGUUCAGCAAGGGAUCCGGUCGGCACGGCAGCUUCAAAGAAUUCAGCAAGCUGUGA